AUGAGCGAUAGGAAACGCGCCUUUGAAGGCGCCGUCGAGGCGUCAAACAAAAAAGCUAAAAGCGACGUAAGUGUGAUUUCCCGUCUGCCUGAAGGUGAAUAUGCCUGUUCCAACUAUGUUCUGACUAUCUCUAUAACCUUCUUGUACCACCAGAGCGCCUCCGAUGGAAUGGAUUCAGUUAAAUCGAAAGAAGCUAUCAUAGCCCAGAAGAGGGCUGAAAUUGCGGCGAAGAUCGCUGCUAUGAAGAGUAAAGCUUCAGGUGCUGCUUUGCCAGCACCCUCAAAGCCUGCGACGCCUGCCCUCGCAACGCCACCCUCGGGAGUAUCAACUCCAGGUACACCGGGAACGCCUGGAGUGUCGGAUGACUUGUCUCGUCGAGUGGCAGAGGCCAAACGGCGUGUUGCCGAUGCACAGACGAAGCUGGCUGUCAAGGAUAACCCGUAUAUGACCAUCCCCCAGAUAAAGAAGAAUAAGCCGGUAGAGACAGCCCAGCAAGGCGCCGGCCUCAAGAUGGCCGCGCACCCUCUUCUCUUGGAUACGACGCCCGCCGCACCGCAGACGAAGAAGGAUCGGUACAAGCCGAUGCAGCCCAAAUUUGCUUCCAUCAAGGCCAACGUGCGUAAUGCGCCGACGCCUCCCCCACCCCCUCCUCCGGUGGCUGUCCCCACCACGUCUAAUCCAUACGCCGUCGCCGCCGCGUCUACGAAGGACACUGGGUUUGAUGGCGCACCGAAGGAACGGAUGGGCCGCAACUUCCGGUUUAAUCCCAAGGGCAAGUACGUGCAACUGGGCAACCAAAUGAGGCAGGAUCAGCAACUCGAGGCGCUGAAGCAAAGGAUUGCGGAGAGUGCGCGGAAAGCUGGUUUGGACUCUGAGUUUGAUACCCUUGAGAAGAACAUACGGCGCCCUCCACCGCCAGAGGCCGAAUGGUGGGAUGCGACGCUACUGCCGGACAAGACCUACAACGACCUUACAUACGGGUUCUCCUAUCUAUACAUCCAUACGGACGACUCCCCAAUAUCGCUGUACAUCCAGCACCCGAUACCGAUACCCGCGCCUGGUGACAAGAACAAGCUGGAGCUCAAGCCGUUGAUGCUCACCAAAAAAGAGCAAAAGAAAAUGCGGAAGAGACGGCGUGCAGCUGAAUUGCAGGAUAAGAGAGACCGGAUCCGUAUGGGUCUCAUCCCCCCUGAUCCACCUAAAGUUCGCCUUGCCAACAUUAUGAAGGUGUUGACGUCAGAUGCUGUCCAAGACCCGACGCGCGUGGAGGCUCGGGUGCGGCGUGAGGUGGCGAUCCGUAAACACGGCCACGAGAAGAUGAACGCCGAGCGCAAGCUGACUGAUGAGCAACGACGCGAAAAGGUUGAGAAUAAAAAGCUGGAAGAGGAGAAGAAGGGCAUUUAUGGUGCUGUCUUCAAGAUCAAGACACUUUCUGACCCCGCGCAUCAAUUCAAAGUGCGCAAGAAUGCAGAGCAGAUGAGCCUGACGGGCGUGUGCAUCUUCAAUCCGGCCUGCAGCAUGGUAUAUGUUGAAGGCGCGGCGAAGUUCAUCAAGCAGUACAAGCGGUUGAUGAUGCAUCGUAUCGCCUGGACCGAGUCCGCGCGUCCCAGAGGUGGCGAGGAUGUUGAGAUCGACGAUGGGGGAUCGGAUGCGGAGGGGCAAGAGAAGGGGAAGGGGAAGGCGGCCAGCGAGGACCGCGAACGGGAUGGCGUCUCGCUGGAGGAGAAUAAGUGCUGGCUUGUCUGGGAAGGCCAGCUGAGGGACCGAGCGUUCAACAACUUCAAGCCGAAGAGCUGUCCCACUGACGGAGCGGCUAGGGAGGUGCUCGGCGAUAGAUUGAAGGGGUACUGGGACCAGGCGAAGAACUGGAAGCCCGAUGAAGAAGAGUUGUACUAG